AUGGCGGUCAAUUCUCAACAAUUUGGCACAAGACUUGACCCUCCAUCUAAUCAUGUUAAUGAGGUAAAUAUCUCCUCCAUUGAACAACAAAUUACGAGUCUAACUUCUCCUGUUCAUCAAAUGGCUAUAGGUAAUAUGCAAACAGUGAAGGCUUUUGGGAUUUGUUCGGUAGUGGGGCAUCCAACUGAUAUGUGCCCAACUCUUCAAGAGGAACCCAUUGAGCAAGUGAAUGCAGUAGGUGAUUUUCCUGGACAACCGCAAAGGAAGUAUGAUCCAUAUUCAAGCAUGUAUAACCCGGGAUGGAGGGAUCACCUCAAUCUUAGCUAUGGGAAUCCACAAGAGACAAAACAAUUUCAACAAGAGGUGAGGGCCAAUAUUCAAAGUUUGGAAAAUCAGAUGGGCCAGAUGGCAACUACAAUUAGUUGGCUAGAGGUGCAAAGUUCGGGGAAAUUACCCUCUCAAAUGGUAGUAAUUUCAAGAGAAAAUGCAAUUGCAAUCAUUUUGAGAAGUGGUAAAGAGGUUGAGACUCCAAUAAAGGCAGCCCCUGCAUCGUCGAAGCAAGAAAAGGAGAAAAACGUCGUUACAGACAAGGACGUUCCCAAUGAUGAUGAGGUACCUAAGCGUAAGUUUAUGCCUCUUUCUGAUUAUAAUCUAGUACCUCCUUUUCCUCAAGCUUUAGCAGAAUCUAGAAAAAAUGAGAAAAAUAAAGAUUUAUAUGAGACUUUUCGUAGAUGCAAGGCAAAUAUUCCACUUUUAGAUGCCAUUAAACGAGUGCCUCAUUAUGCUAAAUUCCUGAAAGAACUGUGUACAAUUAAGAGGAAACAAAAACUUAAAGGAUGUGAGAAUGUGCGAGUAGGGGAGAAUGUUUCUGCAGUUAUUCAAAGAAAACUCCCUGCAAAGUGCAAUGGUCCAGAUAUGUUUACUAUCCCUUGUACAAUAGGUAACACUCAACUUGAGAAGGCCAUGUUAGAUUUAGGAGCUUCUAUCAAUGUCAUGCCAUAUUCUAUAUAUGUUUCUUUGAAACUUGGACCUUUAAAUAAAACUGGUGUUAUGAUUCAAUUGACUGAUAGAUCUAUUGCCUAUCCUAAGGGUGUAGUUGAGGAUGUUCUUGUGCAAGUUAAUGAUUUGGUUUUCCCUGUUGAUUUCUAUGUGCUUGAUAUGGAGAAUGGUGAUCAAACUACUCCUAUUUUGUUAGGAAGACCAUUCUUAAAGACAUCCAAGACUAAGAUAGAUGUUCAUAGUCGCACACUUACCAUGGAAUUUGAUAGUGAAAUUGUUAAGUUUAAUAUUUAUGAUGCCAUGAAAUAUCCUAAUGAUGAUAAUCUUGUUUAUUCUAUUGAUGUGAUUGAUUCUUUAGCACAGGAAGUUUUUGAACUUGAUGAAAAAGAUGGAAUGGAAGUUGCCAUUAGUAAGCAUCUUGAGAAAGAGAAUAAGUUAGCCUUGAGUACUAAUUUGCAGGAAACUAUUGUAGCAUUGAAUGAUUUUCUGAAGUUACAGCAGUCAGGUAAUGUUCCUUAUAUUGCAUUACUAGUUUCUAAUGAGAGGCCUUUACCCUCUGUUUUGCAGGCCCCCAUUCCAGAUUUGAAUCCCUUCCCCCAUAGGAAGUUACGCUUGGAUGAUGCCUUGUGGGCGUAUAGGACUGCAUAUAAGACACCCAUUGGCAAGUUAUGUUCUCAUUGGAUUGGACCUUUUGUUGUUACUAAUGUUUUUCCCCAUGGUGCAGUUGAAAUUCAAAAUUUAGCAACUUCCAAAGUGUUCAAGGUGAAUGGCCAUAGACUUAAGCCUUUCUAUGAAGGUUUACAAGUAAUGAAUGUGGCGAAAUUGGAUCUUGAGGAUCUGAUUUAUACUGAUUGA